AUGAGCGAAUCUAGGUUACAGAGCGAAACGUGCAUCCUAAGUCCUAAUGUGUAUUUUUGUUUCCCUUUUUUUUUCCUUUACCUUUUUCCCCUUUUCGACGAUAAUAUUGGUAUUUUCCUUUAUUAUAUUACAAACCAAGAGAACACACAUACACACACAUGUCUCCAUGUCCACACCAAGAUCCUUCCUGCUCAGACCGACGACAACGAAACUACCGAUGACACAUCGGGAUCUUCGGAGAAGAAGAGCAAGAAGAGGUCUUCGGGGAACAGAGAAGCGGUACGAAAGUAUAGAGAGAAGAAGAAGGCUAAAGCGGCUUCCUUGGAGGAUGAAGUGGUAAGGCUUAGGGAUGUGAAUAAUCAGCUGAUGAAGAGGUUGCAAGGUCAAGCUGCAUUGGAAGCUGAGAUUACGAGGCUCAAGUGUUUGCUUGUGGAUAUAAGAGGAAGAAUUGAAGGAGAGAUUGGUGCCUUCCCUUAUCAAAAACCUCAGCCUUUCUCGUAUAGGAUGCAGCCAUGCGAUGUUUACAACUUGUACUGCCUUCAGAAUGAGAACAGUGGACAAGGUACAUCCAUGAACGGACAAGGGCUAAAUGGUUGUGAGUUUGACCAGCUUCAGUGCUUGAGUGAUCAGAAUCUAGCUGGCUGUAGUAAUGGAAAUAGAACAUUCAAUGUGGAUGCAUCUGAUGCUAAUAAGAGAAAAGGUGAAACUCUAAUACCUUAGGAUCUAUUUAGUAGAGGUUGUUCAGCACAGCUACUUUUUAAAACAGUUUUCUUUUAUAUACAAGGUUGUCAAUUACAGCUAUGUCUUUAUAUGGUUUUGAGUCCUAUCAAGUUAUAUCCAUGUCUUCAAUCUGUUAUGAUCUCUUGGCUUAAAGACAAUGACAUCAAUAUGUAAUGAUCUCUUCAACUCAUGGUGGUUGCUCCUGUUAUGCAACAGGUGGGACAUGUGCAGCUAAACCAGUUUGAAAUAUCAUCAUCAAUCAUGUAGUGCUAUUAAUUUUCACAAGGCUAUAGUGUUAUUAGUUUCAGAUAAGUUGUAGAGUUCAACUGCAUCACCAGCUUUCUUUAGGCCUCUUUGCACUAUUAUCAUUUUUUUAAUUCUCCUUUUGUUUUUCUCAUGUAAUUGCAUUUCC